AUGGAUGAUAAUUCACCAAACAACUGCUCCAUAAGCUCUGAUCCUGAAAUUGGUGGUGGUGGGGACCUCUCCGGCACGCAGAUCUCUAAUACGGAUAAUAUCAUGAGUUUCGUAUAUUCAAAUUGGGAGAACAUUGUAUUAGCCUACCAAUCACUUGGAGUAGUGUAUGGAGACUUGGGAACUUCUCCGGUGAAUGUAUUCUCCGCGACAAGCUUCACUAAUCUCCGUGAAGACGACCUUCUGGGAACCUUGAGCCUUAUCAUAUGGACUCUGACCUUGUUGGUGUUGAUCAAAUAUGUGUUCAUCGUGAUGCAUGCAAACGAUCAUGGAGAGGGUGGAACCUUUGCUCUCUACUCAUAUAUUCGGCGUCAUAUUAAUUUUACGACCAAUUUCACCAUUCGCAACGCCAGAGUGGAUUCGAGAACCCCUUCUUCGACUAGGGUUAAGGGUUUUAUUGAGAGGAGCACUUGUGCUCAAAAUUUUCUCACUAUUAUUGUGCUAUUGGGAACUUGCAUGGUUAUUGGAGAUGGAGCUCUUACUCCUGCAACUUGUGUUCUUUCAGCCCUUCAAGGAAUUCAGUCGCGCUCUUCCAAGAUCACACAAGAACAUGUAGUGUGGAUAUCAGUAAUUCUUUUGGUAAUCUUAUUUCUCUUCCAAAGUUAUGGGACUAGCAAAGUAAGCUUCUUAUUCUCUCCAAUAAUGCUAAUUUGGUUUGCUACCAAUGUUUCAAUUGGAGUUUACAACAUCAUCAACUAUAAUCCAUCCAUUCUCAAAGCUAUCUCACCACACUACAUUGUCAAAUUCUUGAUGGCCAACACCAAGACCGCCUAUGAUCUCCUCGGAACCGUUUUCUUGAGCAUCACAGGAGCUGAGGCAAUGUUUGCAGAUUUGGGGCACUUCAACAAAAGGGGUAUCCAGUUCGGCUUCUCUUUCGUGGUUUAUCCGUCGUUGAUAGUGACGUAUGCUGGCCAAACGGCUUAUCUAAUGAAGCACCCUGAAAACAUCGUUGAUGCCUACUACAGUUCUGUUCCGAAUCCUGUAUACUGGCCGAUGUUCGUUAUCUCCACACUAGCCGCGGUUGUUUCAAGCCAAUCCAUGAUCUCCGCAUGCUUCUCCAUCGUGAAGCAGUCGCUCGAGCUUGACUGCUUCCCUAGGGUUAGCAUAAUCCACACAUCCUCCAAGCACCAAGGCCAAGUGUACUCCCCUGAGAUCAACUACAUUCUCAUGAUACUCACCGUUGGACUUGUUGUCGGAUUCAAAGGCGGAGUCGAGCUCGCCAAUGCGUACGGUGUCGUGGUGAUAUGGGUUAUGAUCAUAACCACGUUUCUCAUGAGUCUGGUGAUGCUGACCAUUUGGAAAAUGAACGCGGUUGUCGUGCUAGGGUUUUUUGUUCCUUACGUCGUAAUGGAGGGGGCAUUCAUGACGUCGUUGCUCCAGAAGAUCCCGCAAGGGGGGUGGGUGCCGUUCGCCAUAUCGGCACUCUUCAUGGUCGUGAUGAUGUCGUGGAAGUACGGAAGGAGCAAGAAGACGACGUACGAAGCCCAUAACAAAAUGAGCGUGACGGAGCUAGACGAUGCUUUGUCCGGCAGCAACGGCUUUUGCCGGACUCCAGGUGUUUGCUUUUUCUUUACGGAUCUCGUUUACGGCAUCCCGCCCAUCAUCCGCCACUACAUCCAGCAAACGAACUCGGUGCGUGAGAUCAUGGUCCUCGUCACCAUCAGGACUUUGCCAAUCAAAACCAUCACACCCACCGAGCGUCUCUAUGUCCAGAAGCUAGGGCGCUACGGGGUGUACCAAUGUUUGAUUCAGUUCGGGUAUAAGGAUGCGGAGGACAUGAAUGGAGCGGAAUAUGCUGAUUCAAUAGUGGCGAAGAUUCAGAGUGCGGUGAAGAGAGGGAUCGUGUUUGUCACCAGAAGGACUAUUCUCAAGGCGAACAAGAAGAGUGGGAUGCUUGCACGGUUCACCAUUGAUUAUCUGUAUAGGUUUCUGCAGAAGAACAGCAGGUCCGCAUUUCCCAUGCUCCAAACCCCGUCCCAAGCAACGAUGCAAGUCGGAAUGCUGUAUGAAUUCUAA